AUGAGUGAGGUUAGGCUCGCCGAUGACACACUAUUCCAGAAGGCGCAAAACAGCUGUUGCGUUUUGUUUACCUUCGGCAUUUUCUUAAUUUCGCAAGAAUUAGUUAAUUUAAUUAAAUUUAGGCGCUUCCGAGACCAUGGACGCCAAAAAAUAUCCUUUGGCUUCAGCAAGGUGGCCAAGAAACCAAACAUUCUGCCCAGCAAGCAGCCAAAGGAUGAAAACAAAGUGGAGCUCAUCAAGUGUUUGGAGGGCAAGGAAAUCAAGCUAGUAGCGGAGAGAGUGGAGGCCGCUCCGCUGGUCAUCGAGAUGCAGGGCAGCCAAAAGACCUCCGCCGCUCUGGCAAGCUUGAUGAAACGGCGGGCCGUGCUGCUGGGUGAAGAGGAACCCGAUCCGGAGGAGGUGACCCCUGCGGCGCAGUCCGUUGCCGAAGUCACAGCUGGUCUGGCUGGUGCAGAAAACCUGGAACAGAGGGCUGCUCGGGAACUGCUGGCCGCUAGCCAAAAUAAUGGAGAUAGCUUGACCGCAGAAAAACUAGUGCUGCCUGCUGUAAAGGCCGACGAACUACCUCUCGAUGGCGCCAAGGAGGCCACGCUGGACGACUACGACAAUAUACCCAUACAGCAGUUUGGUCUGGCCAUGCUGCGCGGCAUGGGUUGGGUGGAUCCGCCGCCGAAAAAAAAGGGUUCCGGACCCAUCGACGACGCUCCAUUCUUGCGUCCGAAGGGCAUGGGAUUGGGGGCUGAUAAGGCACUGAAACCCAAGGCCCUGUUGGUGCAACCGGAAAAGAACGAAGUCCUGGAGAUUAAGAAGCAGGCGUAUGUCCGCAUCCUCGGCGGCAAGCAGAAGGAUCAGUACGGACAAAUCGAAGGCUUUGACGACCAUGCAGGGCGAGUCAUCGUCAAGAUGGCCAUUGGAGGAGCUAAGGAGGCGUUCAAUGAGUUCCUCUGUCAACCAGUGUCCCGAAAGGAAUACUCGCAAUAUGGCAAAUGCAUAAACACAGCCAAGUACGAAGAAUUCAAAAAGCAGGAGAACGAACACGGCCAGAUUAUUAUAAAGCAAGACAAUCCAACAGAGAGAAGGGAGGACGAUAGAUCAAAUCGGGAUGACCGUAAGGAACAGAGAUCUUACAAAGAUGAAGAUCGUAGGAGGUACAAGGAGGAAGAUCGAAAGCCAUACAAAAAAGAGGACAAGAAAUUGUACAAAGAUGAGGACAGAAAAUCGUACAAGGACGACGACAGGAAAUCGUACAAAGAUGAUGGUAGGAAACCAUACAGGGAUGAGGAAAGGAAACCCUACAGAGAAGACGAUAGGAGAGCAUACAAAGACGAGGAUAGAAAAGAAUACAAAACGGAACGAGCCUACAAAGAGGAAAGCAGAUCCCACAAAUAUGAGGACCGAGACAGGAGAAAUCACGGGCAGGACUCUCGCAGCAACAGUUCCUCCACAUCCAAGCGUGAUGAUCGUGAACGCAGACGUUCGCCGAGUCCCAAAAUCAGCAGGCGGCCCAAAAGCAGCUCAGAUGAGGCAGAAGAUACUGGAGAGUCAACAGAGAGUGAUUCCGACUCUGCCUACGAGCGCAGAAAGCACAAGAAGUCAUCCAGCCGAAAGUCAAGGAAACACUCCAAGAAAUCCAAGAACAAGUCGAGGAGAGCGGACGACUCCAGUGCGGAAAGUGAUGGCAGCUCCCAUGAGGACCACCGGCGACAUCCCAGCAAGCACAAAAAGAAGACAAAGAAGAGCAAGCACGCUAGGUCCCGUACUCGCUCAAGAUCACGGGGAAGGGGCAGAUAAAGAGUUGAAAUU